AUGACAGUCAUCUGGGGCCUGGAUCUCCAUGAGAUCCAUUGGAGCAAGUUCCGAAGCUCCAACAUGUUCACCCGCGUCUACCACCUGCGCCGCACAAAGAUGAUCGUCUACCAGAUCGCCAUGAUCCUUUGCGUAUGCUCAGAGGCCGUCGGGACAGCGGCACUAUCCGACUACCUCGACCAACAAAGCCAGAUCCAAGGCCAACACCCCGGCGUCAAAGUGUACAACAACGAUUUUAUCGGUGCGGCAUCGUAUAACAUCUGGGCGGGGGUUUCGGUCGCAUGGGUAUUUGGGGGUGCGUUCUUCUUUGACCUCUUCUGGCCUGAGAGGCAUGAGGAUCGAGAUAUCCGGUGGGCGUGGAAGCUUUGUGCAGUGGCGGAGUCGAUUAUGAUGCUGGCUUCGGCUUUCGCGUUGACGAUUAUCACGGCCACGCGUAGUGCGAAAAUCACGGGAACGGACGCUGCGUCUGCAAGACAGUACUGGGAGGAGUCUAUGAAGAAACCUGCUUUGAGGUAUUACACUAAUCCGAAAGCUGUUGCUGCCGUUGUUCUUGCGUGGCCUGGUGUUGUCGCGACUAUCGCUAGUACUAUAAUUCUUUGGAUGUCUCAUAAACAUGAUGAUGAGUUCGGCCCCAAGUCAAACCAUGGGCGGAGCCUUGAGAAUGGCGUCGGUUCGGAGACAGAACAGAAACCGGUAUAG